AUGUCAUCACCUGCCCCUGAAAAUGGUCAUGCGGAGCAGGUCACCCCAUCGUCCGCUCCUGGAAAUGGACCCUAUUUACAGGCCAAGGACACAUCAACCCGAUCCUCCAGUUCGGCAAGCGCCUCGUCGCCGCGCCCAGCGGCGUCCGGUGCACGCUCGCCGCGACCCGCCUUCGUCGCCGCCGUCUCGGACAUCCGCUUGCCGGACGACACCUCCUACGGCUUCCACCUCUACACCCCUCUGACGGCGGUGACGAAGGCCUGGCUGGACGCGAGGCCGGCGCGCUCGGUCGUGUACGUCUCUUUCGGGAGCCUCGCCAAACCAGACGUUGUUCAGAUGGCCGAGAUGGCGGAGGGGUUGUACGACAGCGGCAAAGCCUUCCUGUGGGUUGUCACCUCAGAGAUCUCAAAGGUACCUGAGAACUUCGCCGACAAGUCCAAGGAGAAGGGCCUCAUCGUGACAUGGAGCCCUCAGCUCGAGGUGCUGGCGCACCCGGCUGUCGGGUGCUUCGUGACACACUGCGGGUGGAACUCGACGACGGAGGGAAUGGGUGCAGGUGUGCCGAUGGUUGCCAUGCCCCAGUGGUCCGAGCAGACCAUGAACGCCAAGUAUAUUGAGGAUGUGUGGCGAGUCGGCGUACGUGUGCGCCCGGAUGAGAGAGGUGUGGUCAGGAAGGAGGAGGUCGAGAGGUGCGUGAGGGAGGUGAUGGAGGGAGAGAGGAGCAUGGAAUACCGCCAAAACGCUACCAAUUGGAAGAAGGCCAAGAGGGCCAUGAGCGAAGGUGGCAGCUCCAAUAAUAGCAUCCUAGAGUUUAUUGGCAAACUUGGACCGAAAAGCAAAUGACAGAGAUACAUUUUUUUUUUCA